UCGUCCUCCUCUCCCUCUCUCUUCCUCCCUUCCUCCAUCUAUCCCACACUCUCUGCCUCACUACCCUCUUUCCCCUUUCUGUUGCCCGUUCUCCCUCCCUUCCUCCCGCCCUCCCUUCCUGCCAUUCUCCCUCUCCUCAUCCUCCCUCGAUCCAGUCCCCCAUUCCCUUUCCAUCUCCCUCUCGCCCACUCCCUUCCUCACGCCAACCCUGCUCCUCCGUUCCACCCAUCCUCUCAUCCGCCCAUCCUCUCAUCCGCCCAUCCUCUCAUCCGCCCAUCCUCACUCCGUCGCCCUCACUGCCUCCCACUCUCCCUACACUCCCUCCCACCGUCACCCACGCUCCCCCCACACCCUUGUACCCUUCUUUCCUUCUCUCUGA